AUGGCACUUGUUGAUUAUGCUGGUAGUGACAGUGAAGAUGAAGAUAUUGAGGUUAGUUAUUUAUAUUUUUCCCCGUUUCUAUUAUUUUCAUUCUUCUAGAUGGAAAAGCCCAAAGAAGAUGAUGAAUUUUUUGGUGAAUCGUCUAGCGCAAAACCCUUGGAACUUAACAAAAACGAUGUAUUGGAAGAUAUCGUGAAACCCAAGAAUUGGGAAAUCAAGCUGGCUCAGAAGCAAAAAAGGAAGCUAGAGAAGAAAGCGGCGAAAAAAGCAGCAAAGAAAGAGGCGAAGAAAAUCGCGAAAAUUUCAAAACCAGUGACAAAGAAAGUUCAAAUUCAAGCAUUUGGUGUAUUAGGGAAUACUGCAUAUUCAGACAGUGACGAGGAGGAAGAAGUUGAAAAGCCUAAAAAUUCUAACGCAUCUUCAGGUUUUCUUUCAUUCCUUCCCGCUCCCAAAGGUAAAAAUAAUGUUCUGUCAACGACUACUGCCACUUCAAAAUGUCUCGUUCCUCCAUCAGUCGCCAAAAAGACUGCACCACUGAACGCAGCACCAGCAACAGUUCCCGCUCCAAGAUUUAUUGAUAGCGAUGAAGAUGACGAUGAAGAAACCACCGAUUUUUUCGGUUUCUCUGCCAAAGAGCAAAAAAAUACACAAGAAUUUUACGAGGAUAUUCCAACAAGCAGCAGUGCUAUUGAUGUUGUUGGACCAUCAAAGCCUUCUGGUGAUGAAUAUGUUCAUCCAAGUCAAAUGUAUAAUUAUGCUGGAGUUGAUGAGGAAGAAGAAGAUCCGCAAUUGAAACGAGGAAAAAUUACAGAUGAGGUAUUUUACAUUAGUUAUAAUUCAAAAAGAAAUAAGGCUUUUAAUAAAAUAUUUUUCCAGCAAGCACAUAAAUUGCUCAUGCGAUUCUCUCACGACAUAGGACCUGAAGAAAAACGUUCAAUUGCCGAAAUGACGAAUUCAAUCGUUGAUGUAAAUGUUGAUGCAGCAAUUGGACCUGAUGUUAAAUCAAAUAUCUUGAAAAAUCUCAGCCAUCGCGCUUUUGCCGAAUCCACAUCUGCUCCUUUACCACAAGCACCAAGUGGUGGACAAGUUGCGAGAAGAAGAAAUCAAAUCACAUAUUUGGCGAAUUUGGCGGUUUCGCGAGAAGAAGCAUUGAAGGAUAAGUGGGCGAGUCAAAAGCAACAAAAACAAAUGGCUCGGCAGAAAUAUGGAUUUUAGUGUCAUUUUUCUUUUCGCAAGUAAUUCUAAUGAAUAUUAUAUUUUGAUUCAAAACUGGACUCUAUAAAAAUAAAUUCGAUUAAAUUAAAUAACAAUAAAAUUAAUGAGGUGAUUAAUGUUUUUAUGAGCUGAAUUUCUAACAUCGCUGCUAUAAAAAGCUGAGAAGAAUAGGAAAAAGUUAGUUGAAGAAAAAUGUCGAAGUUGAUAAAUUCUAUAAUUUUAAUCACUUCGGUUUUGGUGAUUUCAUACAUUUCGGCGAUUUCUCUAAUUUUCGCGGAUGUUCGGAUGUUUUUCAGAGAAAGUUUGAGCGAAUUGGGAGAAUUUGAUGUAAGUUUUCAUUAUGAUUAUUCUCACAAAAAUGGGCGUGACCUAAAUGCAACCAUCGCAUACUUGCCCCAUCAAAUCUAUAUUUUCAGAAAUUAGCCAGUGAAGCUUGGGAUGAGAUGAUUGUUAUCACUAGCAAUCGAGAAAAACGUCAAUCCGGCUCAAAAUGUGGAUGCUCUCGAGUCUGUCCGAUUGGACCGGUUGGUCCACAAGGAGUCCCUGGACUUCCGGGAGAUGAUGGAAUUGAUGGGAAUCCUGGAAUGGAUGGCCCAAGUUUUCCACCCUUCGAUCACAAUAUUUAUUUCUCAAUGUUCCAACAACAAUGCAUAAAAUGUCCCGAGGGACCAAGAGGUCCUCCAGGACUCGAUGGUGAACCUGGAGAUGUUGGACCAAUUGGGCCACCUGGAUUGGAUAAUUUUGAAAAUGGGAAAGACGGAGAGCCAGGUGUUGAAGGUGAAGUUGGAGAUCCAGGAGAAGUUGGUGAACCCGGAAUCCCCGGAGAAACUGGAGAGCCUGGACAAUCUGCAAAACAAGAGAUUAGUGCUCCUGGAGCACCGGGAGCUCCUGGCGAAAUGGGACCUGUUGGAAAUCCUGGAGACGAUGGAGAAGCUGGAGACGUUGGACCUGAUGGGCCUGAAGGAAUCGUUGGACCUCCUGGUAGAGAUGGUGAACCUGGAAGCGAUGGGGAAGAAGGAAGUGCGGGGAUUGAAGGAGUUCCAGGGGGCGAUGCCGCGUAUUGCUCAUGUCCCAAAAGAAGCUCACAUUUUAUUUUUUGAUUUUAUUUUUUUUCUCAUGAAGUUUUUUCUUAAACUUUGGUCACUACAAAAAGCGUGAGAAAAACUGGCUGUUGAAAAUUUUGGAUAAUUUUUUACGUUCCACAAAUUUCCUGACUUUUUUUCUCGAAAUGAAAAUCAGGAAAAAUAUUUAUCAAAAGAUCCUCAUAUUUUCAACUCGAGAUUAUAGUGCCACUAGAAAAAGUAAAAAAUUUCAUUCGACAGUCGUAAGGUUCUUCUCCUAAAUGAUAAGGUUGUCCAUUAAAAAAUAUUUGGUUCCUUACGACUUUUGCUCUAACGCAACAAGGAAAAAUCAGUGAAUUUCGAAGCAAUUUGAUUUUUUCGUCGACUCGAAAAAUGUCAAACUCGACACUUUUCGACAAAUCAUCAAAAACGCCGACAAAUGCUAUAAAAUGAGCAACAACGUGUUUGAAGUAGAAAUAUGAAAAAAAAAGGUUAUCAGGUGUGAAAUGAAUGUUUUUUGUGGUUUGGUUUAUUUUUUGUUCAUAAAUAGAAAAAUGUGUAUUUUUUGUUAAAAAUUAGGAAUCAGUGAUUUGAUAAAUUAAUUGAUAAGCUUGAAACCUGUGUCUAGGGUUACUGUAGCUCAAAAGAGUUCUCUCCAAAAUAUGCUCCUCAUGAUGCGUCCCAAAAUAGAUAAAAGAACAGUCAUCCACAUUGACCCAAUCUAUUUAUCCCCCGAAAAUAUGCAAAUCUAUGUAUUAUUCUCUAUUUUUGUGUACUCUUCCGGCAGAUGUUUAUAUGCUGAUCAAAUAAAGGUGUGAAGAAAUGCGCUCGUCAGAUUUUCAUGACCAUCAUAAACACUUUUUGUUGCUUGUUGCUGUCAUUGAAAAGUGCGCUGUGUCCAAUUUUAUAGUCGGUGUUUUUCCAGUGUUUUUUGUUUUGCUGAUAAAAUUCCAGGUUGAAUUUUGUCUGGGAGAAGAAGCGAAGACACAAAAGUUCCGAAUUUUUGAAUUACCGUAUCGAAUCUUGAAAAGUCUUUUAAAUAUUUUUCAGCGGGCAAUUUAACACUAAAGUUCAUUUUUCAAAACCUCAAUCAGUUUUUGAUCCCAUCAAUUGUUUUCCAGACUUGAGUUCAAAAAUACAAACUCAUCGUCUCUCUUUCUUUCUAUUAUUUUCUCGAAAAAGACAAAUGAAAAUAUUAUUUUCAUCUGAAAACUAAACUUAUCAAAUAUCAAUAUUUGUUUUCUUCAUUUUCUUCGUUUUCAUCGAGUCAGUUAACUGCUAACCGUCAAAAUCUCCGCCCCAAAUAAAAUUCAAAAAACGCCAAACAAAAAUUUGUUCUGUCGAACAGCUCUCACUUUUGAUCUAACCGUUUUUUUCUCGGUUCUCAUGAUUUGAUUUUUUAGUAAAAAAAAGAGAUAAGAAUUUCUGGAUACUGUAGAUUUUGAAUUUACUUUGUUUACCAAAACACUUGAGAAUCUUAUUUUUCCACUGUUUCAUUUUUUGAGAAUUAUAAAUUCCUAGUCACAAAAAAACAGCCAGAUGAUCUGUUCUAUAAAUAAACAAGACCACGUUUGGUAUUUGAACUUGAUAACACAUUUUUUUAUUGUUCUGAACUUUUUUCAAAUUUUGAAACUCUCAAACUUUUCAAUUUUUAUUUGGUUUAACAAUUUUUAAUAACUGAUAGGAUAUCAUGUUUACCUAUCAAAUAAAGUGAGUCACGAUUGAGUAAGUUUUACGAAAUAAUCGAGUACUAGUUCAAAUAAGUGUUCGUUUAUUUGUAUUUUAUUUACCCAGAUUUCGUAUUUUGUAUUUAUUAUUAUCAGAAUGAGGAAGUGUUUAUUUUUGAUGUUUGAGUUAUCACAAAUUUUUGUUGUCUUUGUUUGGAGCGCACUUUGAAUUUUCCUGUUUCAAAAUUCCCAAGUUUUGCUUCACAAAUUCGCACGGGACCCUUUUUCCUUUUGGGGAAACAAAUCUGCUAUCAAAUACCAAAAUAUUAUCGAACUUUGAAAUUUUGAAUAAAAAUGGUUUUUUGUCAAACUGUUUUCUUUUUUUAAAAAUUCAUUCAUAUUUUUAAAAUGUUCCGUUACUCGAAAUUUCCCUCGAAAAAACUCUUCAUAAAAAUUCCUUUAUUUUCUUCCAGAAUCAACAUGGUAAAUUCUCAAAAAGACUAUGUGAGUGUCACAGUUUUAUUCAUCGUCAAUCUUUUGAAUUACGUGGAUCGUUACACGGUGGCCGGUGUUUUAACACAAGUCCAAACUUAUUAUGGAAUAUCGGAUAGUUUAGCCGGUCUGAUUCAGACUGUAUUUCUAAUCUCAUUUAUGUUUUUCUCACCGGUAUGUGGAUAUUUGGGUGAUCGAUUUAAUCGAAAAUGGAUUAUGAUUAUUGGAGUGGGCAUUUGGUUGGGUGCGGUUUUGGGAUCGAGUUUUGUGCCGGCUAAUGUGAGUGACAUUUCUUGGGAAUAUCCCUCUUACAUUCUCUUAAAUUUUCAGCACUUCUGGCUAUUCCUUGUUCUCCGAAGUUUUGUCGGAAUCGGAGAAGCUUCUUAUUCAAACGUUGCACCAUCUCUCAUCUCUGAUAUGUUCAAUGGUCAAAAAAGGAGUACAGUAUUCAUGAUUUUCUAUUUCGCUAUCCCAGUUGGAAGUGGUCUUGGAUUUAUUGUUGGAUCAAACGUGGCAACAUUAACUGGAAUUUGGCAAUGGGGAAUCAGAGUUUCAGCGAUUGCUGGAUUCUUUGUCACAAUUGCUUUAGUCUUCCUGGUUUAUGAACCUGAAAGAGGAGCUGCUGAUAAUGAAUUAUCUGGAAAUACUGGAUCGAUUCAAAAAGCAUCCUCUUCCGAUUCGAGUUACAUUCAAGAUUUGAAAGUUCUCCUGUUGACUCCAACAUUUGUCUCUUGUACCUGGGGUUACACAGCACUCGUAUUUGUCUCGGGAACUCUUUCCUGGUGGGAACCUACAACUGUUCAACAUUUAACAGCUUGGCAUCAAGGAUUGAAUGAUACUCGAGAUCUAGCAAGUACUGAUAAAGAUCGUGUCUCUUUAUAUUUUGGAGCAAUCACAACUGCUGGUGGAUUACUUGGUGUUAUUGGUGGAUCAAUGAUCUCAAAAUGGUUGACUAUUGGAUAUGGACCAUUUAAGAGGAUUCAAACUGAACGAGCUCAACCAUUAGUUUCUGGAGCUGGUGCUCUUCUGGCUGCUCCACUACUUUUGAUUGCUCAAAUUUUUGGGGAAGAUUCGUUGGUUCUACUUUAUAUUAUGUUGUUCUUUGCUCUCACAUUUUUGUGUUUCAAUUGGGGAUUGAAUAUUGAUAUGUUGACGGUGAGAUUUUUUGAAAUUUGAAAAAAAGAUUCUGAGCUUUUGAAUUUUCCAGAAUAUUUUUGUUUUUUGAAUUGGGUUCUGAAAGUCCUUUCGCCUAAUUUCCCAUUUUCAAAUUCCUACUUUCAGACCGUAAUCCAUCCAAAUCGCCGAAGCACCGCAUUUUCCUACUUUGUUCUCUGCUCUCAUCUUUUCGGCGAUGCCUCUGGUCCCUAUUUGAUUGGCCUCGUCUCUGAUUUGAUCAGACAUGGCUCGACAAAUCCCAAAGAUCAAUAUCAUUCGCUGGUCACAGCCACCUAUGCCUGCGUUGUUUUAUUGCUCAUUUCAGCUGCUCUGUAUUUUGUUUCAAGUAUGACAUUGUUAAAUGAUCGCAAAAAGUUUAGAAUUGAAAUGGGUAUGUUUAUCAGGGCUUCAGAGCUCAAAAGAUGUAUUUCUUACAGGUCUCGAAGAACAAAAACCAAUUCGUCGAUCAACUGAUAGUUUGGAAAGAAUUGAAAUCCAAUCAGAAGAGGAGCAAUUUUAA